AUGUCAGACGAUGAGAGACACCCUCGAAAACUUCGCCCUUGGCUUGAGAAGAUGAUCGAUAGCGGAAAGUAUCCAGGUCUUUACUGGGUGAAUACAGAAAAGACGGUCUUCAGAAUCCCAUGGAAGCAUGCUGGCAAGUUUAGCUGGAAAGAGGAAGAUUGUCUCAUCUUCAAGGCCUGGGCCGAACACCGUGGCAAGUACAUCGAAGGAGUUGACAAGUUCGACCCGGCUACGUGGAAGACUCGGCUUCGAUGCGCGUUGAAUAAACUGCCAGACGUUUUGGAGAGAAAAGACUUGUCGAAACUCGACGGAGCGGAAGCGUUUAGGGUUUAUGAACUCUUGCCGGAACUUGUAAAGAAUGAUACGGAUGAAAUCUAUCCAAGGCAUCUUUGGUCAAAGGAGGCAAAGGAAAACGAAAUAGACGAGCGACUCGACCAUGGCUACGCGACAAACUCUCCCACAUCCACCAACACAGAAAAUUUCCGGCCAGAGUCACCCCUCGACUCUGAGAUGGAAUUCUCCACCCCUUCUCCUCGCCCUACCCUUUCUGAGUUCUGUGGGAGCGCGUUUAAUCCUCCAUCGACGAUUCAGUCCUCCCCACCAGUGUCAAGAACACUCAAAUCCGUCAACGGACAGAAAAUAAUCGUCAAGGCUCUUUUGCCACAAGGGGUGAAAAUUGGCAACACUGAGAAGAUCUCAAUCCGCCCUUGUGUCGCGAAGCUUUUUCAGCAACAGACGAGGCAUAUUCGAUUCUCUGUCAAAUACUUCGGCAAGGAAGUCUUUUCCUGGGAUGCAAGGGAACGAGCCAUGUGCAGAUUGACCUCGAGUAAAGACCCACUAAAGGUCAAAUAUCCAAACAAGGAGUUUUGCGAAAAGGCGAUUACUCGGAUGGUGUUGCCUGCGAUGAAAAACAACCAGCAACCCCAACUCAACAACGCUGCGAAUGCAAUUUUAAAAGCAAUGACCUACGGGCUCAUAUUCAAGCGAGAGAAUGAAAACUUGCUCCUUUAUCGCCUUUCCAAAUGCCGCAUCUUCAUUGUUGAUGAUGGAGAGGUUCUCAAACUGUCGCAGCUUGAAGUUCUAGCGCUCGAUUUGAAAAAGAAACGAAACAUUCAGGUGUAUUUUGGGCAGAAUCCAACGACCAGCGCGAACAGAUGCUUCCUGACCAUGCAAAUUACAACUUGA